AUGAGCUCUCGAUUGAAGAGUUUCGGCUUUGGUUCCAAGCGCAAGAGUAACGUCAAUCUUCCUACCUCGUCUGGCUCUGGCACCUCAGUCGCUCUUCCCUCCCAAUCGCCCAACGGCUCCACUUCCGUCGCCAAUACCCCUCCUCCUGCCAACUCCUCGCAGACCAGCCUGACUCCUAUGAACCAGCCAGGUCUGGGUCGUCCUCCAAGCUACCAGUAUUCCAACGUUGCUGGUCGCCCACAAUCGCCCAUGCCCCCUCCUAGUGGACAACAGGUCGCGUCUCAUCACCCACCACCUAUUGACACAAGUCGAGGUUUCGUCGGCGCAAACCCUCAAAUGGCUCAACAACCUCCUGGCUAUGGCGGUGCUGGAUAUGGGCAGGCUAUGCAGCCACAUCCUCAACAGAUGGGUCAGUAUGGACUGCAUAUGCGUCCGGCUGAGGUAGAAGGAGGUAACCGAAGCAAGGCGCAGUUGAUUGUGGGCAUUGACUUCGGGACCACCUUUUCCGGCGUGGCAUUCGCCUUCGCGACAAACACCGAAGCAAAGGAAGACAUAAUAACGGAAUGGCCUGGUGCAGGCAACCAAACGAAGCAAAAGAUUCCAACAGUCCUUUACUACGAUCAGUAUCAGAAAGUCGUCGGAUGGGGCCCAGAUAUCGCAGAUGCCCUGGCUCCAACAGGCUACCCGAAGCCUGGUGUUCAAAAGGUGGAAUGGUUCAAGCUGCAGCUCAUGAUGUCCGGCAACACAUACAUAGACCCGAUCAACCUUCCACCUCUACCACCUGGCAAAUCUGAAAUCGACGUUGCAGCAGAUUAUUUAUUCAAGCUCAGACAGGCAAUGCGCCUGCAAUUGCAAAAAACUCUUGGUGAGGUCUUUAACCGUGAAGAACGAAACAUCCGCUACUUCUUGACUGUGCCUGCUAUUUGGAACGAUGCGGGUAAAGCUGCAACACGAGCUGCUGCAAUCCAAGCUGGCUUUAUACGCGAUGACAAUGACAACCGUCUUACUUUAAUCACCGAGCCAGAAGCGGCAGCCAUGUUCUGCUCCAAGACAGGUCUCCUCAACCUGAAGAUUCACGAUGCAGUCUUGAUUGUCGAUUGUGGCGGCGGAACUGUCGAUUUGAUUGCCUACGAAGUCGAAGAAGAGACCCCCUUCUCUGUUGCUGAAUGUACAGCCGGCUCUGGUGACUCUUGCGGUUCUACAGCUCUGAACAGAAACUUCAGCAAUAUCCUUCGAGCCAAAAUUCGAAAGAUGAAACUUCCUGAUGGCUCAAAGACAGCUGGUCGGGUAUACGCCAAAUGCAUCAUGGAUUUCGAGAACAGAAUAAAAGCCGAUUUUAGAAACAAUGGACAGAAAUGGGCUGUCGAUGUCGGUAUCGAGGCUGAAUUCCCAGAGGCUGGUAUCGAAGAAGGUUAUAUGACUUUCACAAACGAAGAGAUCCUACAGUGUUUCGAGCCAGUCGUCAACAGAAUUUUGGAAUUGGUUAGAAACCAAAUCAUUGCUAUUCAGGCCCAAAACAGAUCGUUGCAAAAUGUGCUUGUGGUUGGUGGCUUUGGUGCAUCAGAAUAUCUCUUCCAGCAAAUUAAGCUACAUGUGCCACCACAAUUUCAAUCAAAGGUCGUCCGACCUAUGGACUCAGUCGCUGCCAUUGUCAAAGGUGCAGUCACUGCAGGUAUCACUGAGAGAGUCGUUACGUCUCGUGUUGCCAGACGGCAUUACCUGAUGGCUACCCUGCAACCUUUUAAGGAAGGAUAUCACCCAGAGGCCUACAGAGUGCCAAGCUUGGAUGGUAAAGAUCGAUGCAAAUACACACGACAAAUCUUCGUGCAAAAAGGUGAACGAGUCAAAAUUGGUGAGCCUGUGAAGGUGAGCUUCUUCAGACAGGUCGCGCCUGGUGCAACCUUGAUGUACGAGGACAUUCUUUAUGCUUGUGAUGAGGAUGUUUGCCCUGAAUAUACCAAAGAUCCUAGGAUCAAGGAGGUAGUCACGCUAACCUCGGAUUUGUCAAGAAAGAACUUGGAGAAGGAUUUCGAGAGAAUGGACACACCACAAGGCACCUUCUACAGAGUGUACUUCGAUAUUUAUCUUACCUUGGACGGCUCGGAAUUCAAUGCUGAGUUGGUGUGCCAGGGAGAAGUCAUGGGAAGAUGCAGUGCGAGGUUCAGAUAA